AUGUCGCCACCCCGCUGUUCACUCUGCUGCACCAAAUGCAGCGGAAAUGCAUCAGCGAGCUCUUCCAAAUCGCACACAGCUGCGCUGCAGAAUCGUUACGAGGCCCUCUGCGACUUCCUCCCCGCAGGGACCAUCGCAAUCCCAUUGCAGUCCGACGAAGUGGGGUGCUCCCACACCCAUGCCGCCGACGGGUGGCAUAGCCUACCCUCUGCCGCAGCUUUAGAGCCUGUACUCGUCCCUGACGACGCCCCGCUCCUGAGGCUUCGCCAGAUUGACUUUCUCGUCAGGCAUCACUUUGUCGCUGCUACGUGCAAACUCUAUCGCGCCUCCAACCAUCUUUACGUUCGAAUCUACCUCAUCCCCUGGGACCUUCCCAACGUACAUGGAAAGCUCCGAGUUCGGGAUGAGGGCUCGAUCGUCGCUCCCGCUAGGCGUCACUUGCACAGUCUAUUUGCAGAGAUUGUGCAAGACGACGAUGCCUGGGAUGCCGUCCCACCACAGGACAUUUCCCUAGAAACGUGGACCGUAUCGCUGAACAAGAAACACUUCAUCAAAGACGAUAUAGACGCCCGAACGAUGGCAGAGAUUUACAACGAGCUUCGUUCACCCAAGCCACCCGCAAAAUUUUCCGUCGACGAGAUCCCUUACAUGCGAAGCAAGCUCUGGUCGUACCAGAAAGAAACAGUGGCGACCAUGCUCGCCUGGGAGCUGGAGCCCUCCAGCGUCGCUGAUCCACUGUACAUUCCUAUCACUGGGAUCGACGGAGCUGUGUUUCAUCUCCAGCCAGAAACCUACGAGAUCCUACAGGAAUGCCCUAGAGUCGUACAGACACGUGGCGGUAUAUUGUGCGAAGAGCUUGGAACUGGAAAGACAAUUAUGACGCUAGGCCUCAUCCUCUCGACGCGCAGCCAGCUCCCAAGUCCUGCCGAAUCAAUUCUAGAUCCCCGCCCCGUCCUAACACCCCUCUCCUUCCGGCACUUCCCCACCGCAGACGAGACCCAAGCGCGAACGCGUCUCCUCCAGGGCAGCUCCGCCAAGCGGAGGAAACAAGCCGCCAAAGCGGGGCCUCCCGGCAUCCCCUCGCUCGUCGAGCACCUCCUGCACUACUGUGCCUUGCGUGAGCACCAGGACGCCCUCGAGCAGUACGGGCUGUGGAAGCCGCUCGUCCGGAACAGCCCGUUCUACCACCACUACGAAAUCGCGAUCCCCGAGGUGUCGCGCGCGAAGCGGAAGGAGAGUAACCCGGGCCCGCGGGUGAUGUACUCAGCGCGGCGACGAUCGUGGUGGUCCCGGACAACCUAUUCCAUCAGUGGAAGGGGAAUCAUGAAGCACUGCCAUGACGUACUGCGCGUUCUGGAGGUGAACAGUCGAAAGCUGCCGCGUGCCGCAGAGUUGGCUUCGAACUACGAUAUUAUAUUGAUGACCUACAACCGCUUUUCGCUGGAGGCAUCCGCAGACAAAGUCUCGGGUCUGCACUCAUGGAACGUCUGUGAAUGCACGGGCACCCGCGGAACACGGGUACCGAAAUGUACCUGCGAGACGAACAAGGACGCGUCGAAGGUAUCUCCCCUCCUGCAGGUCCGCUGGAAGCGUCUCGUGAUCGACGAAGGCCACGUCUCCGCGCGGAAGAACUCGAACCUCAUCUCGAUGUCGCGGGUGCUCAGCGUCGAGCGGAAGUGGAUCGUGACAGGAACACCGACCCCGAAUCUCCUUGGACUCCAGCACGGACAGGGCACCGAACUCCAGUACCCUGAUGACGAACCGAGCGCCGAGUUCACCGACGAGGAACCGAGCGUCCGACAAUGGACGAAAGACGAUCGGCAAGAUCUAAGCAAGUUAUCGACGAUGAUGUCGCACUUUCUGGGCGUUCCCCAGUUCGCUGCGGACCCGAAGCUGUUCGAGAGACUCGUCAUCUCGCCGCUGAUGGCCUCGGAGGGCCCACGGUCUGGUGCUAUACAGGUCUUGACCCAGGUCAUGGAGACGACUAUGAUCGGCAUCGGGUGGAGGAUAUCGAGAACGACGUUCUGCUCCCAUUCUGAACCGGGAACAGUGUUGUUAGAUCUCGAUCCGUACGCGCUCAAGUCCUACAACGCCAUGCAGGCCAUGAUCGCCGUGAACGCGGUCGAUUCAGAACGCAAAGAUCAGGAUUACUUGUUCCAUCCCGCUAACGCCGCUUCGCUGAACCAACUGUGGACAACAUGUCGCAACGACCACAACGCGUUCAACGUCGAAGAAAUCGCGGGAGAGCCAACGAAUACGUCGCCAACCUCACCGAGCGCGCCACACCGAAGCGGACCGCAUCCUCAUGCAACAAGCUCUGAGCAUGUGAGGUCCGCCGCGGGAGACCCCAUAUGGCGUGAAAUGCAGAAACAUGCAUACGUGUACCAUCGUCGACCGCCUCGUGUGGCCGGGAAGGACGUCCAGGAGGAGGAGCGGCGGAGGCUGGCGCUGCUGAAGAUGGAUGCGGCCCGGAAACCGAAGAAGAGCAAGGAGGACGACAGUGCGCACCGGAAGGAGAUCGAGACCGUCAAGCAUGUGGUGGCUACGCGGGAGAAGCAGGAGGAGCUCCGGAAGGAGUACCUCGCGUGCCUGAAGAAGAUGCAGAAAAGCACCGCCGUGGUCAGCGAAUGCUGCACCUCCGAAGACGCAUCGUCUCGACUGCUCGCAUCCUCGCCCAUGGUGUCCAUGCGCCUGGGUGCCUCAACUUCGACAAAGCUGGAUUACAUACUCCACGAGAUCCGACAGUACUCUGGGAACGAGAAGUUCCUCAUCUUCUCUCGCUCGCCUCUGACCUUGGCCUACGUCGCCGAGGGCCUAGAGCUGUCGGCACGAAGUGCCCCGGAUGCAGCGGCAGCAAAUAUCGUGACGUUCGAGACUUCGGAGCUGUACAGGGUUUUCCUCAUGGAGCUGCAGCAUGGUGCACGUGGUUCGUGUGCACGUAUAGGACAGAAACGCCCCGUCACCGAGCGGUACGAGCACCGCCCAACAGCCGAAGCUCACCGAGGAUACCGCAUGCGGGACUUCAUCGCCAACCCGACCUUCCUCUCCGAGGCGUCUAAUUCAAGGCUUGAGAUCGACGUCCCGCUGUUCGACAUCGAGCCAGCCGAGGACGACGCUGACGACGCUGGUCCACAUCGGGCGAAGAGGCCGACUUUGCAGACUGGAAAGAUCACUAGCCCAAGUCUCUGGACCAGGCUGCUAGCCUGA